CUCAUCUAUACAAUUGUGCUUGUCGUAUUGCAGACCUCCCUGUCGUCAAAGUCAAGAGUUGAGAAAGGGGUCAUCGGCCAAACGCGUUUCUUUUUGCCGACGCGCCGAAUAUUUUUCUCGAAUCUCUCCACAUUCUGCAACAUUGCCUGUUGCGGACAUAGCAUUCCAGAUCUUGUUUCGUCGCCCAAUUCCGCAUCCAAUAUGUCCGCAGAAGUUGUCAAGAAAAGAGGAAGGCCUAAGAAGGUCAUCUCGGAUCCUGUCGAGGUGGAAUUGCCAGAUUUGAAGAAGAAAUCCACCACUCGAGCAAAGUCGACGAAAGCUGUCCCAAAGCCUGCGAAAGUACCCACCACCACAGCUGCAAAGACAGUGCAACCUAAAAAGAGUGUAUCAAGCUCCAGUGGAACUCCUGCGACUUCAAAGACCUCAUCUCAGCCCACUGCACCUUCAAAAUUAGCCAAGGCAGUUUCAGAACAACCAGAAUCGAAGAGAGCCGCUGCCCCAGUGGAGAAUCCUACAAUCAAGGCAGAGCCACCGACUUCCAAGAUCUUGGAGCAAGUCAGAGAACUUGAGGCCAAGAAGUCAACGACUCAACAACCAUCACAACCCUCAAUGCCUGCCAAAGCUGUUUCUAAGACCGUAGCAGCAGCGAAGUCUACACCUCCUUCGAAUACACCCUCUACGAAUACGAAACCUGCUGCGGAAGUGAAAGCUCCAACCUCGAACCCUCUAUCGAAAAAGCCUGCAGCUUCUCCUCCACCACCUCCUCCAAAACCAACCUCGAAACCGCACAUCCCAAUAGCAGCAUUGAAUUCCGAAAUCGUGUCAAACAUAUCUACACGAGCAGGCGCAAGACCGAAUACAAGUGGGAGCAAAGACUUGCCCAAGAAUUAUCAAUCGGUGGCAAGAAAGGUCCGGAAUACUAUUGUUGCACUACCAAUUUUGAUUGGCACAAGUUAUAUUUUGUAUCAAAGAUUUGUGCUAGGAGAAGAGCAGAAACAGUUAAUUCCAGUACAGCCAAAAGAGUCACCAGAGCUACAAGAAGUCGAAGUGGGCAAAGUUAAACCUCCGAGUGCCAGCACGGCUUCUAGCUAGGUCCUUAUUUUGCUGGAUGAAAUAAUGUAUAUGGUUGCGAUGUGUAGUCUGAUAAUGGGUUGGGUAUGUACAGAAAAUCUCAACCUUUGAUACCCCAAAACAUUCCAUCCGAUCUGAUGUCUGGUUUCGGACGAACUCGUCCAUUUUAAAUCCCGAGCUUUGUAGUUGCGUGUGGAGAAAUCCCUAUGUUUGGCUCGAAUACGAUCAUUGUUGUUGGUCAGGAUACCGCGAGUGCUAAAAUCCUAAAAAAAA